GCAAGGAGAUCAAGGUAUGCGAGCGGCUUGUUAUGUACUACCGCCUCAAGGGCUUUCAUAUCUGGCGCCAGAGUGCACAUAGUGUUGCUUUAGCACUCAUAAACUCACUUCUUGAUAACAAUUUUUGGCAUCACUCCACACAUUGGGAUGAAGUCCUUCAUCAUCCUCGCUGUGGUUCAGCUCGCUCUUGCGGCUCCGCAGCUUAUCCCAAACGCUUCGUUCGAUUGUCAAUGCAAUAUUCCCGCGUGUCCUGCCGAUGAGCCACAGCGUUGUCUAUGUGAGAAUCAAGCAGCUCUAGAAUGCUGGGAGUAUCAAAGCAUCGGAGGACAGAACUGUCCUAGUCCUACACCAAGGGUCUGCACUUCGGCUGGAAACAGCACCGCAUUGCCACCUCCAAAACCUACGCCAAGUUGCGAAUGCGAGCAGAAAUUCUGCCUCCAGUCAUGGCCCGGAUCUUGUUACUGCGCGAAUCAAAAUAAGCUCGACUGCUACUACAAGUGUGGCGGUACCUAUCCUGAGCUCCAGUCUUGCCCCACACUCAACAGCAGGCCGCCUCCCUCCAGCGUCGUUCCCAGCCCCGACGUCCCAACAUUCCCCGUCAACAGCACCCCAACGACACCUCUGGGGCUCCUUCCAAGCAACCCCCUGACGGUCCCAACACCCGACAACUCCGGCAACGCCUACCCCUGCAACAUCAUCGACUUGGGCUACGACCCCUGCGCCGGCGUAGGCAACUACCACUGCCUAGCAUACGAAGCGGAGAUCGAAUGCAAGCCCAGCGGCUGCGGGGUAUACUGCACCAACGACCAGAACCCCAUGACGAUGAUCAUCGACCUGUUCUUCCCCGUCGUAACCAGCAGCAGCAGCAGCAGCAGCAACGACGGCAUCAACACCGAGUACACGACGAGCACGAGCACGGCCAUCAGCAUCCGCACCAGCCUAGCCUCGGCGUCGUUUCUGGCGCCGGAGGCCUUGACCCCGGCGCCGGCUUCCGUGUUGGUUGCUGAGCCCACGACUGAGACGCUGCCGACGUCGACCCCGCCUGUCUUCCCGACCCCAGAUACUCUUAUCCCUAAUGCGGCUCUGCCGAAUGCGUUUAGGUCCCCCUAUCGCCAUUCCUGGGUUGCGCCGCCGGUCCUCCCGUUCGAGACCCCGGAUGCUCCUGUACAGACUCCUGACGUCGCUGUGCAGAUGCCCGAUACCUCGGAGUUCUCUCAGGACUCAUCGGAGGUCUCGGCGGAGCCUACCGAUUCUAUGGACAUGGAAUGGUAGAAGCUACAUCUAGCGGGUUAUGAAGACGAGGUUAUAAUUUUCAUUCUAAAGGGGUCAAAUUUGAAGGGUGGGAUUUAUU